GGCCUAUUGAACUACCAGAAGUCUUCGACGCCGACUGUGACAUUACCAUGAAUGAAGAUGAAUCAACAAGGGAAUGGCUACGGCAGGGAGGACGUAUUCAUAUCUAGACCAUUGUCCCCUCUAUUCCCGGAUGCCCGAUUGUUCGACCUCCGACAAGAAGAGACAGCCAUGAUCGACAGCUUCGGAGAGGAACAAGAUGUGUGCAGUGAGACGGUGAGCUGGUAUCGAACGAGCAGCGCUCAGAUCUUGCAGGCUGAUUUGUCUCGAGAUGCAAACGUUCUCUGGGAGUCACGGUGACGCCGUUCCUGAUCUUCAACCCGGAGCCAUUCUGUUUGCGCCUGUGCAUGCACAGAGCAUGUCUGAAUUUGCUUCCAUGGGCACUUGGAAGGGAGAAGUCACCGGCCUGCAAAGUCCAUUCCAAGAGACGAGCACGCCGCCGACCGAGGGUUCAACCAUGUUUUACGGAGCCGUAGGCCCACAUCGCAACCAGUAUCCGGGAAUUGAGAUGGAUGACGCACAUGCAGUGAUGUUCACUGCUCCGGUAUACGUGUCAAACCCAGAGGCGUCGAUCGAUUCAUGCAGAAAGAGGAGAAUGUGUGAAGCCGACGAAUCACAGGAAGCUACAAAUACCGAACGGAAGAAGAGAUUGAGGAUCGCGACCUGCAGUACUCAAGACGAGCUAUCAGCUAUUCAUUCUGCAUAUUCCAUUGCUAAUACGGAUGACAGCACAGCUGCUGCUGGAUGGCCGGAAACAGUGCAUGAUAUGGACACAGGCGUCGUCGUUAACUCCAAUCAUGUCGAGCCACCAUCCUCGUCACGCUUGAGAUGAUGUUCCUUCCAGCACUCCUGCUUACUUACAGAAUUCAUUGCUGACGGAGGAAGAUGCACGAGGAGCGACA